AUGGCGAUCGCUCCUGCGGGAAUGGUGACGCUCGUCGUCGGUGCGAUCAUGAUGGUCCUCAACACCUUUUUCGUCGGUCUGCGCGUCUAUACUCGGAUGUUCAUCACAAAAUCCCUACGCCUCAACGAUGCCAUGCUUCUGUUAGCACUGGGCGCGUUCGGGGCACUCUACGGUCUCCUCGUUUUGGGUGUCCAAGGCGGCAUGGGCGGUUCGAUCGCCGACACCAACAUCGAAGGACUACGCACCUUACUCAAAGUGCUGUUCUUCCUGGAGAUCAUCUAUGUGGUCCUCACCUCUGCCAUGAAGGGCAGCAUCGCCCUCACCUUCAUCCGUCUGUCGCGCUCGAGGGUCCUCACUGGUCUUUUCUGGGUAUCCAUCGCAAUGGACAUCGCCAUCAGCCUGGCGUUCAUCAUCUACUUGCUCGUCCAGUGCCAGCCGAUCGACUACGCAUGGAGAAUGCUGGAGGCGGGAGCCAAGGGAAAGUGCUUGCCGCUCGUGGGACAACUGUACAUGGGCUAUGCGUUGUCCAUCGUCACAGCGAUCCUAGAUGGAUUAUUGAUGAUUUCACCAUGGUUCAUGAUGAAGGGCAGAGCGCUGAACCCGAGACUGAAGAUGUACAUUUACGGUAUCUUCGGUUUGGGAAUUCUCGCGACUAUUGCAAAUAUCAUCCGUCUCGUGGCACUCGUCAAGCUCAAGGGAUCCAAGGAUCAGCUCGCCGACGCUGCUCCUGUCUUCAACUGGUCUGCCAUCGAAGUCAGUAUCGGCAUUAUCAUCGCAGGACUGAUCGAGCUCGGCCCGCUGGCCGCCAAAUACGGCCUUCAGGGCUUCGAAUCCUACGCCGAAAUCGAGGACGACCAGGUGCCGAUGAAGCCUAUCAACAGGGCCACGAGCAGCCCGGACUACGAAAUAGGUGCCGGCAAGAUGUGA